AUGAGAGUUGCACUCUCGCGCAGCUGGCGCAUCUGGUGUGCAAAAACUACUCGAGCACAAUCAGAUUGCGAGAGCAACACUGUGCCGACAGCAGACAAAGAACUUGGACCGUAUAUAAACGAUGGCUUUUCUGAUCCGAAUGGGACAUUCGAACCAUUCGAGCUUGUGAUCAAUCAGUCAGCGACUCUUGCUAGACGUGUCCGAUCCAGGGCUGUGAAGAAGGCGAUUUCGCCGAAACGUUAG